UAAAGUGCAGGAGUCUGGUACUGUUGUCAGAGAUGAUGAAGAUGUUUCAUGCAUUGAGUGCUGUGUUUGCUGUCACUCUCCUAGUGAGAAGGUGUGAUGCACAACUUGGAGACAUAUGUGGCAGACCUUCUGUCCCCAGUCGAAUAGUAGGGGGAGGUGAUGCUGUUGCCGGUAAAUGGCCAUGGCAGGUCAGUCUUCACAGUAAUGGCCACUUCUGUGGUGGGUCACUCAUUAACAACGAGUGGGUCCUAACAGCAGCUCACUGCUUUCAAGGAAAAAGUACCAAUAAUGUGAUCGUGUACCUGGGCCGAGAGACACAGUCAGGACCAAAUCCCAAUGAGGUGAACAGAUCGGUCUCUCAAAUCAUAAAUCAUCCAAACUACAGCAGCUCAACAAAUGACAACGACAUCUCUCUUCUGCAUCUGUCCUCGCCCGUGAAUUUUACUAACUAUAUAAAACCGGUCUGCCUGGCAGCAGCUGACAGUGCAUUCUUCAACGGCACAUCAAGUUGGGUGACUGGAUGGGGAAAUACUCGCACUGAUGUUGCUCUGGCUACAACAAGACCUCUACAGGAAGUGGAAGUGCCUAUCAUUGGAAACAGGAAGUGCACCUGCCUUUAUGAAAAAAACUCUAAAAUAACAAACAACAUGAUCUGCGCUGGACUAAUACAAGGAGGGAAAGACUCCUGUCAGGGUGACUCAGGUGGACCUCUGGUCAGCAGAAAGGACUCGGUCUGGAUCCAGUCUGGGAUUGUGAGUUUUGGCACAGGGUGUGCAGAUCCUAAUUUUCCCGGUGUGUAUGGAAGAGUUUCUCAGUACCAGAGUUGGAUCAAAGAACACAUCACCACCAACCAGCCAGGCUUUGUUAAAUUCAACUCCAGCGGUACUGAUGGUGAUCUGAGCGAGAGCUGCUCUAUUGUUCCUCCCAUUACAACUACUACCACUGUCAUGACUACAACUGCUGCACCUGUGGUGUGCGGAAGAGCCCGACUAAACAUUCGUGUUGGAGGAAGCAACUCCCUCGCAACUUCUGGUGCGUGGCCUUGGAUGGCCAGUCUGCACUUCAACGGCAGUCACGUCUGUGGUGGAACGAUUGUUUCUCAGCGGUUUAUCAUGACCUCUGCUAGCUGCUUCUCUAGAUCUACCAAUGCCUCCAACUGGACUGUGGUCCUGGGCCGUCUGAAUCAGAAAGGGUCCAAGGCCAAUGAAAUCUCCGUUCAAGUUGCAAACAUCACAAUCAGCAAUGUGACGGGUGACAACAUUGCUAUUGUGUAUCUGGCCAGUGCCCCCAAACUCUCCGAUUUCAUUCAGCCCCUCUGCGUGGACAUGGGGGAAAGCCUCUUCAGCGUAAAUACAUCGUGUUGGGUGGCAGGCUGGGGCUCAGGAUCUGGAUCAGCUGACCAAAUACUUCAGGAAUUCCGAACCUCUAUUGUGGAUUGUGGGAACUCUUCAAGUAAAAGUAUCUGUACAACUUCCAUUACCUUACAGGAGGGUGAUCAGGGGGGUCCUCUGAUGUGUAAACUGGGUCUGUCAUGGAUCCAGGCUGCAGUUCUAUCGAUACCAACCAGCACCAGUAACAGCACUGCAACGCGCCAGUCUAUAGAUAUGCAGGUCUUUACUAAAGUCUCAACCUAUGAAACCUUCCUGAGAUCUGUGGUGGGUUCUUUCCCCCCGAAAGAAAAAAACACUGCAAGUGACUCUCUAUCCACCCCCUCUUCCACCAAUGGCUUGCAGUGUUUUACAACUGUUCUCUUGUUUUCACUGACGGCUCUCCAGAUCUUUUAUCAAAGCUGAUGUCAGUGAGGUCUGGGUAGAAGUAUUUGCCUGAAAUGUGAAUGUCAACUAAGAUUAAGAAUUUUACAAAUAAACCUGACUGAUUAACUUCUGUUAAUGAUUUAUCCAUUCUUGGGUUGAGAACCCAUUUUAAUUUUUCACUCUCCAGUGACUAGAAAUUAUUUUCUAUUUGCACUAGCAAUGACUGCCAGUAGCCAAAGCAUGUAAAAAAAAUGUAAAGGUUUGAGUGUUCAGUUUUAAUAGUUAUAAACGACUGCUGUAUAGUUUGUGAUUACCUCAAGCAGUAGACUACCACAACUGGGACAAGUUUUUGAAGUUUUGAUCAAAAUUAUACGUAAAACUUACAAAAAGUUUUUGUCACCCUAUUUUAUGAUACCACAGAGAGUAUUUGAUUAUCGUACACAUUUUUUAUACAUGUGUGAUUUUUAAUAAAAAAGCAAAUUUGUUAUGAUUAACCCUAAACCUUCUUUUUUCAACACUUUUUUAAAUGUGAACAUUAAAGCAACCUAUAAAUUAUAAUCUUGUUUUAAUUGAAAUGAAAUAAAAAGUAAUUGUAUAAA